AUGUCAAACAACACUCCUUUAAAUCAUGAUGAAGAGUAUAUGACGGAUGACGGCAAUGAAAAUGACUCCCUCAAUGAUGAGACCAACUUAAAUGGAAGUGAUGAUGAUGAAUCCAAUCAUAGAACAAUUGGUCAAGUUAAAGCUUCAAAAAGAAUCUUGCUACAAAGAUUCACCAUAUAUAAUUCAUUUUCAACAAUGUAUAUUGUUGGAUCCAAUGCAAAAGAAACAUUAUAUAGAAUCAUGGAAAUUGGGAAAGAUGAUGAUGGUCUGUUAUCAAUUGUAGAAGAUAAAAAUUAUUUUUAUACAAGAAAAGAUAUGAUUGAACUUUUAAAUGGAUUAAAUGAAUCAAUUGAAGGAGGAAUUCAUAAAUUAGCUCAAGGACAUGGAUUAUUAGGAUUAAUAAAAUUUACAAAAGAAUAUUAUUUAAAUAUAAUUACAAAAUGUUCACAAGUUGCAAUAUUAGGAGGUCAUUUUAUUUAUCAUAUUGAUGAAACUAAAUUAAUACCAUUAGGUACAAAUUACAGAAGACCUGAAAAAUAUAGUGAUGAGGAAAAAUUAUUAUCAAUUUUCAGAUAUUUGGAUUUAAGUAAAACUUUUUAUUUUAGUUAUAAUUAUGAUAUAACAAAUUCAAUGCAAACAAAUUUUAUGAGACAAAAAUUAAAAAAUAAUCCAAAUAUAAUUAAUGAACUUUAUAAUAAUUUUGAAUAUAAUGAAAGAUUUGUUUGGAAUAACUUGUUGUUAAAACCAAUUUUAGAAAAUGAAGAUGUUGCAACUUAUGAAUGGUUUCAACCAAUUAUUCAUGGAUUUAUAGAUCAAGCUAAUAUUUCUAUUUUCGGUAAAAAAUUUUAUAUUACAAUAAUAGCUAGAAGAUCUCAUCAUUUUGCAGGUGCAAGGUUUUUAAAAAGAGGUAUGAAUGAUAAAGGAAAUGUAGCAAAUGAAAUUGAAACAGAACAAAUAGUUGGAGAUAUGUUAACUUCAAGUUUUCAUGAUCCAAAAUAUGGAUUAUAUAAUAAUCCAAGAUAUUCAAGUUAUAUUCAACAUAGAGGUUCAAUCCCAUUAUUUUGGACUCAAGAUAUGAAUAAAUUACCAAAACCACCAAUUCAAAUUAAUUUACCUGAUCCAUUUUAUCAAAGUUCUGCUUUACAUUUUAAUGACUUAUUUUUUAGAUAUGGUUCACCAAUAAUAAUUUUAAAUUUAAUUAAACAAAAAGAAAAACAACCAAGAGAAAUGAAAUUAAACAUUGAAUUUCAAAGAUGUAUUAAAUAUUUAAAUAAUACAUGUGAUAAUAAAUUAAUUUAUUAUGCAUUUGAUAUGUCGAAACAUUCAAAAAAGAACCUUGAUGUGAUAACUCCAUUACAAAAUAUUGCUGAAAAAUCAAUUGCUAAAACUGGAAUUUUUUUAAAUGGUACAACAUUAGAAAAUACAAAAUUACAAAAGGGAAUUAUUAGAACCAAUUGUAUUGAUUGUUUAGAUAGAACAAAUGCAGCUCAGUUUAUAAUUUGUAAAGAAGUUUUAAAUAUGCAAUUAAGUGAAUUAAAUAUUAUAUCAAAUGAUAUGAUAAUAGAUUAUGAUUCAGAUUUAAUUAAUAUUUUAACAGAAAUGUUUCAUGAUCAUGGUGAUACAAUAGCAAUUCAAUAUGGUGGAUCAAAUUUAGUUAAUACCAUGGAUUCAUAUAGAAGAAUUAAUCAAUGGUCAUCACAUACAAGAGAUAUGUUAAAUAGUAUUAAAAGAAUUUAUUCAAAUUCAUUUAUUGAUUCUUUACGUCAAGAAGCUAUAAAUUUAUUUUUAGGUAAUUAUAUAUAUUCCCCAAAUCAACCAAAAUUAUGGGAAUUAUCAAAUGAUAAUUCACUACAUAAUUCUUUUUCUUUAAAACAAAAUCCAAAAAAGAGUUAUUUAAAUUGGUAUAAUAAACAAUAUUUAAAUGAUAAUAGAUUUAAACUGUUUAAAAAUGAAGAAGAAGAAGAAGAUGUAAAUUCAAAAUUUGAUACUAAUAACUUAAUUUUAAAUAAUAAUGAAAACAAUGCAAAACAAAAUCAUCCAUCAUUUGAUCCAUGGUUUAAUGAAGUUUAUAUACAAACAUAUACAUCAUUUGAUAAAUUAUUUGAAUUUAAUAUGAAUUCAAAUUUAAAUUAUUUUAUAAAAAAUGAUUUUAUAGAUUUUAAUCCUUUUCAAAAUAGAAAAUAUCCAAGUUCAAAUAAAGAUUUAAAAGUAGGUAAAGAAGAAAUGAAAGAAUUAAUGAAUCAUGAAAGUAACAGUAGAACUAAUAAACAAAAUUUAAAUAAUAAUAAUAAUAAUAAUAAUUUUGAUAAAGUUAAUCCUAAAAAUAUUAAGUCUUUCAUAACUUCAAAAAUUAAACUGACUCAAUUUAAUAAAAAGCAAAAAUCAAAUAAAACAGAACAAAAAAAAGAUAAUGAGGACGAAACUAAGGAUUCAAAUGAAGAAAAUAAUAAACAAGAUAAAGAAACCUCUUCCAUAUUGAAUUUAGAAAUAAUUGAUGAGAAUUUAAAAUUAUAUAAAGAACAAGAUAACUUAUCAUCAUUAAUUAAAAAAUCAAAUCCAACAUCAUCAUAUAAUUCAUCAAAUAUAACAUCAGCAACAAGAUUAAUCCCCAAUCAAAAAGAUUUAGAAAUUUAUCUAAAUUCAACAGAAAAUUUAAUUAAAAAAAUUAAAGAAUCAAAUUCAAAUUCUGAAGUGGAUAUAAAUCUUAUAAAUAAUUUAGAUUUAAAAAAAUAUUAUCAAUAUAUUAAUUCAUUUGAAUAUUUUAAUAAAAAUGAAGAUUUUAAUAAUAAUGCUAUUGAAUUAAAUACUGAUUUUAAUUAUAUUUAA